AUGCUCAGUGGAGAUGACGACACCCUGGGUAUGAAUCCCAAGGGUACUGUCGGUGCUGUUGCCCUGGAUGUCAGGGGAUGCAUUGCUGCCGUUACGUCCACCGGUGGUCGAACCAAUAAACUCCCAGGAAGGAUUGGCGAUACUCCACACAUGGGGUCUGGGUUCUGGGCUGAGGAAUGGCCCGUAAAGGGAUGGAUAUGCUGCAAGUGGAACAAAAUAUGGAGAGGCAAAGAAACGCAAGCGGUAGGAAUAUCGGGAACAGGUGAUGGCGAUUACUUCAUUAGGCACGCGGCGGCGGCGACGAUGUGUCAUAGAGUCAAAUUCCUGGGGGAGAACCUAGAUAGCGCUGCUCAGCAUACAGUAGAAGAUUUGUUAAAGGAUGGGGGUACAGGAGGUCUCAUUGCCUUGGAUAUCGACGGCAAUGUCGCAAUGGCGCUAAACUGCGAAGGCAUGUAUCGCGGAGUCAUCAGGGAGGACGGUGUGUCCAAGACUGCGAUUUUCCGUGAAGAUGAAUUGCAAUAG